AUGAAUCUCAAGAACAGUUUGUUUUCUAUGCUAUUCAGUUUAUGUUUCUUCGAGAUGGAUACCGGUACGUGUGUUAUUUCACAAUCUACAAGUGCACAACGAAAGUUUUACCAAUGGGUACUCAAAUGGAUAAACGGACUACAUGCACAUAUUGAUGAAGAAAUGCGCGAUAUUCGACAUUCUACGAAACUGGAUGUAUCAGUAUUAGCUACCUUUUUACAAGCGAUCGGAUUUAAAUUGCUUUCAUUUGAAAAGUAUAAUGAUCCACUUAUCUUUAAAAAAAAUGAAAAUAAUAUGAAAAUAGAACCUGAACAAGGAAUUCUUAAAAUUGCAAUCGAAUGUAAUAUAUCAAACAUGAAAGCAGUGUUAGAAUUAGGAGGAAUUACAUGUCAAUGUCCUAAUUCUGAUCAUAUUAAGGAUGCAUCUUUUUGGACAAUUAGUGGUACCGAACCUACUGGAAGUAUCGAUAAUAUUGCACAAAAAGUGGAAGAAACUGGUAGUAAUCUAUUACCUCGUUUAUCAAAAGACGUUACACGAGUUUUGCGUGAUGUAUCAUAUAAAUUAUUUGAUACAAUCGUAUACGAGCCAGAUGUUAAUCGUAAUACAGAUAUAAAUUUAAAUAAUUCACGCACAAGUAAUAUAUUUUGCGAACGAAGAAUUACACAGGAUACUUCAAAAAAAAAUGUUACACGAAGUCAUACACAACCGGAAAUAUGUUUUCGUACAAACAAUAUCAAUUUAAAUGUAAAUAUUUCAUUUGUAACAUUAAAAUUUUUUUUUACUAAUAAUUUUGCAAUAUUAGAGUAUUUCUGAGGAUCAAAGUAAGAAUACAAAUCUCGAAUCAUCUGUAAGUCACACUUCUCAAAAAGGAUCUACUCUUCAACGUCAAAAAACAUGGGAUAUCGAAACCGGAAGUUUAGAUGGAGAACCACGUCCAUCGCCACCAAAACUCACGA